AUGCAAUUGAACCUGAAAAGUGGCACAACUCGUGCGGUUGCUGCCGCGUGCAUUAUUGCGACCUCCCUGUGGCUCUUGGUGCAGGGUACCAAUAUUGGAAGCGGUUCUUUCAGCGUUGGAGGACUGCAAACACACAAGAUUCGGGACGCGUCAAAUGGGUACACUUACCGCAAAGUGAAACAUGCUAAGUACAAGGGAUCUAAGGAAAAAGCGACGUUUGUAACGCUGGCUCGUAACGAGGAUCUUUACUCGCUUUUGGGAUCGAUUGCUAGCGUGGAAGACCGUUUUAACAGUAAGUUUCAGUACGACUGGGUUUUUCUCAACGACAAAGAAUUCAGUGAAGAGUUCAAGCGUGUCACGACUGCAAUGGUAAGCGGCACAACCAAGUAUGGGCUUGUACCGGCAGAACACUGGUCUAUCCCGGAAUGGAUUGACCAGGAUAAAGCAGCAAAAGUCCGAGAACAAAUGCGUGAGGACCAAAUUAUCUACGGUGAUUCGCUUCCUUACAGACACAUGUGCCGUUUCGAGUCUGGAUUUUUCUACAGACACGAACUAUUAGCCGAUUACGACUGGUAUUGGCGUGUGGAACCAGACACUCGUAUCUAUUGCGACGUGGACUACGACAUUUUCAAGUUCAUGAAGGACAACGGCAAGAAAUACGCUUUCACCAUUUCUUUAAGGGAGUAUGAAGCUACCAUCAAGACCCUGUGGGACACCACCAAAGAAUUCAUGGAGAAAAAUCCAACAUUGCUGCACCCAAAUAACAUGCUUGACUUCCUUUCCGACGACGAUGGUGCAUCCUACAAUUUGUGCCAUUUUUGGUCGAAUUUCGAAGUUGGCUGGCUAGACUUGUGGCGUGGACCCGCUUACUCUGCGUAUUUCGAUUAUUUGGAUCGAGCGGGUGGAUUUUUCUACGAGCGUUGGGGUGAUGCUCCAGUUCAUACCAUUGGUGCUGCGCUAUUCUUGGAUCGUUCAGAAAUACACCAUUUCGGCGAUAUUGGUUACUACCAUGUUCCAUUCCAUUCCUGCCCAAUUGAAGAAAGCAUCAGACUCAACAAUCGUUGCAACUGUAAUCCCGACGAUGAUUUUACAUGGAGAGGUUAUUCUUGCACGUCCAAGUUUUACACCGUCUCGAAGAUGGAGAAACCUAGAGGAUGGCAGAAAUAUGCUGAUUGA